CAAACAAACACGAAGAAGACAGCCCACAGCAAUUAUUGUACAUUCAUGUAUUUUUGACGAUGUGAUUAAACGUACUAAAAGAGUAUUUUCUAUCAUGUUUCAGAGCUCAGCGGAGUUUUCUUCUUUGAAAUGAAAAAUAAAUACCGGGUAGCUCCAUGUUAUUGAUAACUAGUCUCUUGUUUUAGUGGGAAAAGGUGCACCGAAGCUAGCUUUGCUAACUAGCUAGCUGUCUGGUUGACGGUUAUAAACAUUCGUGAUUUUACUGCUACACGAGAGAGUAUUUGUCAGCCAACGACUGCUGUCAUAUUAACGAACAAAAGCUCUGCCAGCCCUACAUGACUUCUUCUGAGGUCAGCAGCCUGCCAGAAAUGAGUGAGGUUGUGAUCGUCACCAUCCCGGAGGCGGUGGAGGAGGACCUGCCCUCUGUGGUUGAGGAGGAUAAAGCGGUGCUGGUCACUGCAGAACUGAACACUCAGCCAGGGGAGGAUGAGCUCACAGCUGCUUCUGUGGAAACAGAAGCAGAAGCUGAGGCGAGCAGAACAGAAUCACUGAAGGAAGAGGCAGUAAUCGAAUUUUCCCAGUGGCUAAGAGAAGGUGUCUCUGUCUCUGACUGCGUAGUAAAAUUAACUGAGGAGGUGGAUGUAGAAGCUGAUGUUUUCUACCCGAUCACCUGUGGAGACGCCAAAGCCACGCUGGUCUGGAAGAAGUUUGUGUGUCCAGGGAUCAACGUGAAAUGUGUUCAGUUCAACGAGCAGCUUAUCAGCCCGAAGGAGUUUGUGUGUUUAGCUGGAAAAUCCACUCUGAAGGACUGGAAGAGAGCCAUCCGUCUCAACGGCACCAUGCUCAGGAAGAUCAUGGACUCGGGUGAACUGGACUUUUACCAGCACACAAAGGUGUGCUCUAAUACCUGCCGCAGCACAAAGAUCGACCUGGUGGGAACCAAAGUGUCUCUGAGCAGCGACCAGGCUGAGCUGGUUCCUUCCACGCCAUCGUCAGCUGACUUGAACGGCGCCUCAACUUCCUUCUCAGACGUUUCAGAGGAGACCUCAGAGUGGGUCACAGCCAUCGGAGAGGACUCGGUGGCGUUCUGGCGUGCUAUGAAGGAGGCAGGGCUUCUGGAUGAGGUGGUGGAGGACUUUCAGAAGGAGCUUCAGGAGGUGCUGAAGGGGCUACAGGAGAGAGUGUGUGACCCCCCACUGCAGGUCAAAGAUGCUGUUUUGCUCAACAACAUCGUGCAGAACUUUGGGAUGUUGGACCUGGUGAAGAAGGUUCUGGCAAGUCACAAGAGCCAGAUGGACCGGUACAGAGAGCAGUACACUCGUAGCCUUGCAGCUCUGGAGCAGCAGUGUGAUGAGCACAGGAAGCGAGCCAAAGAGCUGAAGAGUAAAUCUCAACACCUGAACAACGUCCUCAUGACCCUCACCCCGGUCCCUGCUCCCCCCGCCCCCAAACGACCCCGUCUGACACGCGCUGUUUCCGGUCCUGCCUCUGUCAAUGCCAACCCGACCCAGAUCACGCUGCCUCUGAACCAGCUGACCAGUCUUCCUCUGGGGAAGGUUCUGACUGUAGCAGGGGGUCAAGCCGGGGCUAACCUGGGCGGAUACACCCUCCUCACCUCGCCGCUCUCUGGGUCAGAGCUGGCAGGCGACGCUGCUAACCUGACGGUGCUCUCUGCAGCAGCGGGUCAGGAGGGCGCGGCUGGCAGUGCCUUCGUUAAGGUGGUCGGGCCGCAGUUCCAGCUGGUCACGCUUCCCAGCGGGCUGCAGGGAUUGGCUACGACGCAGAGCUCCGCCGUCCAGCAACAGGUCGGCACCAUCAGUGUGGUGGACGCCACAGAGACGGCUGCAGACGAGCCACAGGAAGAGAACCAGGUGGAGGGGGAAGAGGAGGGUCAGACAGAGGCCGUUAAAGAGGAAGAGGAGACAGCACCAGCAGAGCAGCAGUGAGAUGGGCACAGUGGUUUGUGAGGUCUGCCAGCAGGUGAUUAACUUUAUUCAGCAUCGAUUAUGGACUGAACUUUAUUUUAAUGGCUCAAACAUGUUUUUUUUUUAUUUGUGCUUAUUUGUUAUUGAUCUCUGUACUUUCCUUUGAUGUCUUUCUGCUCAUCAUGAUUCCUGAUGAUAUAUUAGAGCGUAGUCUGGUGUGGAGUGUCUUUUUUUAACUGUCAUCUUACUGUAAAUAUGUACGUAUUUGUAAUUAAUAUAUUUGGUACAGCUGUAUCAAAACAUUUGAAUGGAUUUUCUGUUUGGAAGAGUUUCAUUAAGGGCUCAGCAGUUUGGCUCCUACAGUCCAUGAACAGAGGCCGUGGGUGGACUAUAGCUGGUCUCACUUGAUGUUUCACUUUUUUCUUAUCAAGUAUGAGAAUAACAAAUAUUAUCAUCAUUCCCUUCAACACAGCAAUUAAUAUCCUAUUUGCACUACGAGUCAAAAUCAUCCGAUUUUUGUGUUUUUGAUUGUUCAGCUGUUGUUUAAUCUAAUAUUGUGUUGGUUGUAAUGUAGAAUAUU